AUGUCAGGCUCUGGGCGAAAAGACUUCGAUGUGAAGCACAUCCUGCGACUCCGCUGGAAACUCUUCAGCCACCCGUCGCCGUCGGCCGGCGGCCCGGCCGGGGGCAGCUGUCUGCAACAGGACGGCAGCAGCAGCUUCGAGCACUGGGGACCCAGCCAGAACCGCCUGCUCAAAAGCCAAGAGAAGGGCGGAGUGAGCACUUUCUGGAAGAAGCCUUCCUCUUCUGCCUCCUCUUCUUCGCCUGCCUCCCCGUCCUCUUCUGCCUCUUCCUUCAGCACUCUGAAUGGCACCCUCUUGCCAGUGGCUACGAGGCUGCAGCCAGGGGCGCCCAGGCAGGGAAUCCACCAGCCUGCCAGGACUCUCUUCUACGUGGAGUCCUUAGAGGAGGAGGAGGUGCCCGGAAUGGACUUCUCUGAACCACACGGCACAGGGCUUGUCCCACAGGAGUUCAAAGUGGAGCCAGCCAAGUCGAGCCAAGCAACAGGUGAAGGGUGUGGACACAGACUGUCAGAAACUAGCCAUUUGCUGACACCUCAAAGUGAUAUGGACUCUGGUAGCUCUGAAGAAUUCUAUCAGGCUGUGCACCAUGCUGAGCAAACAUUCAGAAAAAUGGAAAGUUAUUUGAAGCAACAGCAACUCUGUGAUGUUAUCCUGAUUGUUGGGAACCGAAAAAUACCUGCACAUAGGCUUGUUCUGAGCUCAGUCUCUGACUAUUUUGCUGCCAUGUUUACAAGUGAUGUUUGUGAAGCCAAGCAAGAGGAGAUCAAGAUGGAAGGCAUAGACCCCAAUGCUCUCUGGGACCUUGUCCAGUUUGCAUAUACAGGUUGCUUGGAAUUAAAAGAAGAAACAAUUGAAAACCUUCUUGCAGCAGCUUGCCUUCUUCAGCUUCCUCAAGUAGUGGAAGUGUGCUGCCAUUUCCUCAUGAAGCUCUUGCAUCCAUCAAACUGUUUAGGGAUCCGAGCAUUUGCAGAUGCUCAAGGAUGCAUUGAAUUAAUGAAGGUGGCCCAUAGCUACACGAUGGAAAACAUAAUGGAAGUUAUAAGAAAUCAAGAGUUUCUACUGCUUCCAGCUGAGGAGCUCCAUAAACUCCUGGCCAGUGAUGAUGUCAAUGUUCCCGAUGAAGAAACCAUCUUCCAUGCAUUAAUGAUGUGGGUCAAAUAUGACAUGCAGAGGAGAUGCAAUGACUUGAGUAUGCUUCUGGCCUUCAUAAGACUGCCGCUGCUUCCACCUCAGAUAUUGGCAGACCUAGAAAAUCAUGCAUUAUUUAAGAAUGAUCUGGAAUGUCAAAAGCUGAUUCUAGAAGCAAUGAAGUACCAUCUGUUGCCAGAAAGAAGAACUUUAAUGCAAAGUCCAAGAACUAAACCUAGAAAAUCUACAGUUGGAACUCUGUAUGCUGUGGGAGGAAUGGAUAACAACAAAGGAGCUACAACCAUAGAGAAAUAUGACCUCAGAACAAAUUUGUGGAUCCAGGCAGGGAUGAUGAAUGGCAGGAGAUUGCAGUUUGGUGUGGCUGUUAUUGAUGACAAACUCUUUGUAAUUGGAGGUCGAGAUGGCUUGAAGACAUUGAACACUGUUGAAUGUUACAACCCCAAAACCAAGACUUGGACUGUUUUACCACCAAUGUCAACACAUAGACAUGGUCUAGGUGUGACAGUACUGGAAGGCCCUAUCUAUGCUGUGGGAGGACAUGAUGGCUGGAGUUAUCUGAACACAGUGGAGAGGUGGGAUCCUCAGAGUCAGCAAUGGACAUUUGUAGCUAGCAUGGCAAUUGCCCGAAGCACAGUUGGGGUGGCAGCAUUGAAUGGCAAGUUGUAUUCAGUUGGUGGUCGUGACGGAAGCUCCUGUUUGAGUUCAAUGGAAUAUUAUGAUCCUCACACAAAUAAGUGGAAUAUGUGUGCUCCAAUGUGUAAGCGGAGAGGGGGUGUAGGAGUGGCCACAUGCGAUGGUUUCCUUUAUGCAGUAGGAGGUCAUGAUGCUCCUGCUUCAAAUCACUGUUCUCGGCUACUAGACUAUGUAGAAAGGUAUGAUCCCAAAACAGACACAUGGACUAUGGUGGCUCCUUUGAGUAUGCCCAGAGAUGCUGUUGGAGUCUGUCUCCUUGGUGACAGAUUAUAUGCUGUUGGUGGCUAUGAUGGCCAGACGUACCUCAACACUAUGGAAUCCUACGAUCCACAAACUAAUGAAUGGACCCAGAUGGCUUCCUUGAAUAUUGGGAGAGCCGGUGCCUGUGUAGUAGUCAUCAAGCAACCUUGA